CCUCAGCCUGAAGGCAGCCAAUAGGAACUUGCUGAGGGCUCUGUGAAUUCCCGUUUGUUUUCCCUAGAAGAGCAGGGGAAGGGACCCAAGAGGUACUUUUUCUCUUCCUCCAAGGAGACUGUGGGUCUAGGCUACUGAGGACGGAAGCCAGGAAGUGCCAAGGGAAGGUGCAAAGGGAGAGAGGUGUGGGUAGAUCUGGCCCAGAGCCAAGGGAAGAGAGAGCGAGAGGGGCAGAGUCUCCUGCCUUGGGAUCGUACCCAAGUGUGACAAGAAUCUGAUUAAAUUUUAAGAGACUUGAAGGGAGAAAGCCAAAAGCCUCCAGGACCUAGAGGACCAGAUACCAAGCUACUCUAAGAGCAAGAGGGGCAACAGAUCAAGAGAUCUCGAUCAAGAGAUCGGAAGACCAAAGGAAGUCUCCAAGAUCGAGAGACCAGCGGAUCGGAGGAGGACUGGAAGCCAAGUGUCAGAGAUUGAAACGGAGAAAUUCAGAGACUUCUGGAUCAAAAAAAUUAGAGAGACGGAGAGAGAGAGAAGGAAAGAAAGGGCACAAGGGCAAGAGUCACUCAAAGGAACUUUGUCAAAACACUCCAAGAGUCUCGAGAGUCAAGGACACGUGCGUGUGUGGGCAUGUGUGUGCUGAGGCAAGGGGUGACUGAGUCGGAGUAAGGGAUUGCCGAAGCCUCAUGACCCGGUGAUCAAAAGACUGAGUGACCCCAGGCCCCAAAGCCCCAAAGCCGAAGGAGUGAUCACAGGCGACCCAAUUCGGGUGUCUGAAACUAUCUCAGAGCUGAGUGAUUGGCCAUAGCGGUGAAGGCUGACUCUAGUGGUCCCCUCCGCACCCCCAGGGGACAUAGAAGUGAAGAGUUGGUGCCCGCCAGGGUCAGAGGCUCCGCUGAGGGAGAGGGGGAUGGCCACGGGGUCCCUGCUGCUGUUCCUGUUCCUUCUCGCCCUGCUAGCGGGGCCCACCUCGGGGAAAGGCUGCCUGUUUUGCGAGCUCACGGAUGCCCAGAAGUGCCCAGGCACGCUGAUGCAGUGCGCCGAGGAUGAGGACUGCUUCACGGGCCACGGGGUGGCCCUGGGCGUCUCGCUGAUCUCCAACAAGGGCUGCGUCCGGGCCAUCAACUGCGGCAAGGAGCAGGCCGUGAUCUACAUGGGCGUCACCUACAGUCUGGUCACCGCUUGCUGCCAGGGAGAGCUCUGCAACGCCGCGGUCGCCCGCCCCGGGCCCGGGGGCCUGGGAGCUGCCCUCCUGCUGGGCCUCAUCGGGCUGCUCCAUCCCUGGCUGCUUUGACCACCCCUUUCCUCCCAACCUCCCAUCCCCCCAAUCCUAUUAAAGUGUCCUGAGGGAAGACGA